AUGGCUGAUUCCGGUACUGAUCGUGUCGAGGCUGCCUUAGACCGCCUCACUUCCCGCAUUGAGGACCUCUUGCAGCACGUGAAUCCAUCAGCUUCUCCCCCUUUUCCUCCUCGCAGUCCGAUUCCUGCACACACACAUCGAAUGAAAUUAGACGUUCCGAGAUUCGAUGGAACUGAUCCUAUGGGCUGGAUUUUUAAAAUUACUCAAUUCUUUGAGUAUCACGGCACUCCCGAUACUGAUCGUAUUACCAUCGCUGCGUUUUAUAUGGAGGGACGGGCCCUUGCUUGGUUGCAAUGGAUGUCAAGCAACGACCAAUUCACCUCUUGGCCCGUAUUUCUACAGGCCUUACAGACCAGGUUUGCUCCGUCCAACUACGAGGAUCCCUCAGGAUCCCUAUUCAAGCUCAUUCAGAAGACCACAGUUGCAGAAUACUUAUAUGAGUUCGAGGAGCUCGCGAACAGGGUCGUCGGCCUCCCUGCUCCGUUCCUUUUAAGCUGCUUCGUUUCUGGCCUUGCGCCGGAGAUUCGUCGCGAGGUGAUGAUCAAUCAACCGCUUACGGUGGCACAAGCGGCGGGUCUUGCACGUCUCCACGAGGAGAAGUUGCGCGACCUUCGCUUCGAUUUCCGCCAACCCAACCGACCUCGCCCUCUUCAGCUACCACCUGUAGCCCCACCGCAGACUUCACCGCUCCCAACCUACACACCUCCACGCGCCUCCACCCUUCCCCCUUUGCUCCCUCUGCCGCCACGUCCUAACCCGCAACCACCACCGAUGUUUCGUCGCCUGACCUCGGAGGAACUGGCGUCGCGCCGCGAGCGCGGCCUGUGUUUCUCAUGUGAUGAGAAAUUUCACAAGGGCCAUAGAUGCGCCCCUAGGGUUCAUCUACUGAUAGCAGAUGAUGAAGACCCCCUUGACCCCGCGGGUUCUAAUAUAAAUCCACCAGACUCUCCCGACCCGCUACCCGGCCCAUUGGACAGACCCGACUCACCAGCCCACCUCAGCAUCAACUCUUUAGCGGGUCAUCUUGCACCCGAGACCUUGAGACUCCUCGGAACCAUCUCCGGCGUUCCCGUCCUGGUGCUCAUUGACGGUAGGAGCACCCACAACUUCAUCCAGGAGCAACUCGUUCACCAAUUGGGCCUUCCUUGUCAAUCAACCAGCCCAUUAAAGGUCAUGGUCGGAAAUGGGCAGCAUCUGCAAUGCCACACGAUUUGCAGUUCCACCACUCUCGUCCUUCAACAUCAUUCAUUCACCAUGGAUUUAUAUGUCCUGCCCAUUGCCGGCGCUAACAUUAUAUUGGGUGUCCAAUGGUUACAGUCCUUGGGCCCAGUUUUAACUGAUUAUACAAAGCUCACCAUGCAAUUCUUUCAUGAUGAUAGGUUAGUGGAGCUCCGCGGCGACCCCGACGCCCACAGGGAACUCUUAUCUUCCCCACAAUUCCGGCGUGUCUGCCGCCAUCAACCACAGAGUCUUUACUUCCACAUCACAGUGCUUCCGGAGGAUUCCGCACAACCGUUGACCAAGCCCGUUGACCCUCAGGUUCAACAUCUUCUUCAUCAAUUCGCCAUUCUCUUUCAAGACCCCACCACUCUUCCGCCGGCAAGAGACACGGACCAUCAAAUUCACCUUCUUCCACAUGCGACACCAGUGAAUGUCAGGCCAUACAAGUAUCCAUAUUACUAG